AUGUGUGGCAUCUUGUGGCAUUUUCAGAGACGUAUAGACAACCGAGCGACGGGUCAGAAUGAACAGUGGGAACUACAUGAUUCGCUUUUUGAACAAAUGGUGCCACUCGUGUGUUCCAGAGGGUUGGAUAGUUUUCAAUAUUUCAAAAAGGAGAUCGACCAAGGCACAAUCACGGAGUUCUCCUCGGUGUUGUCAAUUAGGGCACCUCUGACGCCCCAACCUAUGGUCAGGGGAAACUUCUCCUUGCAAUAUAACGGAGAGCUUUACAAUCAGGAGAUCGAAUAUAAUGAUCUAGAAUUUAUCUAUCAAACUUUGGUGAGAUCAGAUUUUGACGUGGUAUCGACUAUAGGCCAGCUUGACGGCGAAUUCUCUUAUUGCAUCACUAAUACAGACACUAAGAAGGUUUUCUUCGGCAAAGAUGUAUUGGGAAGAAAAAGUCUAGGUUAUAUGCUUGAUAAGAACCAAUUGUACAUUAGCAGCUGCCCUCCUGCCACGACACGAGACACCUGGUUCGAGUGUGCCUGUGCAACGGUAUAUGAAUUCGACAUGAAGACUGGAAAGUUGGUAACGAUCGACUUCAGAUCCAGCAAAGAUCUUCCUAGCCCCGAUAUUGUUCAACAGACAGACAAGCCCCUGGACUUGUUGAGACUGCACGAAAUUUUGGCAUCGAGCGUGAAAAAACGUUUGAGAACUAUCUCUCCAACACAUAAGUCAAGCUCUUCUGUGGCAUUAUUAUUCAGUGGGGGACUCGACUGCACUUUGCUUGCAGCUUUAGCAGCUGAAGAACUUGGACCCGACACAACGAUCGACUUGCUAAACGUCUCUUUUUGCAACCCACGCUCCAACACCAAACCAGCUGACACGCCAGACAGAGUUCUUGCGAUACGAAGCUGGAAAGGUUUGCAUCGAAUUUAUCCUAGGGUCAAUUUUCAGCUGGUGGAAGUUGACGUGCCAUAUGAGGAAUAUUUGGAACACAAGUCCAAGGUGAUCCAGCUGAUUUAUCCUAACGACACAGAGAUGGAUUUAUCUAUUGCCAUCGCUUUCUAUUUUGCCGCACGAGGUAUCGGCAAUCGUGUACUUCCAAACGGAACCAGGGAGCCAUACGAAAGUACGUGCAGAGUUUUACUAAGCGGCUUGGGAGCAGAUGAGCUGUUUGGAGGAUAUACUCGUCAUGAGCGAAUCUUCACGAACCUCUCAAACCAAAUAAAACGAGAAGUUUCUGGAAAGCCCUCAAAAGAUACCAGAGAGUAUGACUGGAACACAUUGAUCCAACGUCUGAUUGAAGAGCUGCAGCUUGACUUAUCCAAUUUGCAUACCAGGAAUCUUUCGCGAGACGACAAAGUGAUUUCCUGCUGGUCCAAAGAAGUCCGCUACCCAUUUCUGGAUAAAAGAUUAGUGGAAUUUGCAACCAGAGAAGUAAGAUGCGAGGACAAGCUGCGAAUGGAUAGAACAAAUGGCGAGAUCAUACGAAAGUUUGCAUUGAGAGAACUUGCUCGUCAUCUAGGGUUGGGAUUUGUUGAACAGGAACCAAAACGGGCCAUCCAGUUCGGGUCCCGAAGUGCUAAAAUAGAUCCUGGGACCGGGAAGGUGAAAGGAACGGAUAGACUAGUGUAA